UUCAGACAAGAAGAAGAAGAAGAAGAAGAAGAAGAAGAAAGAAAAUGGACGCCGAGAAGGCUAGUGAUAGAAACAAUGUCCAUCUUUCUUCGGACCACGAGCGUUGUCCGGUGGAGGAAGUAGCUCUGGUGGUGCCUGAGACGGACGAUCCAAGCAUACCGGUGAUGACAUUCAGAGCUUGGUUCUUGGGUCUGACCUCUUGUGUUCUGCUCAUCUUUCUCAAUACUUUCUUCACCUACCGCACGCAGCCACUCACCAUCUCAGCCAUCCUCAUGCAGAUCGCUGUUUUGCCCAUCGGCAAGUUCAUGGCUCGGACUCUUCCCACCACUUCUCACAACCUUCUUGGGUGGAAUUUUAGCCUCAAUCCUGGUCCUUUUAAUAUCAAGGAGCAUGUCAUUAUCACCAUCUUUGCUAAUUGUGGCGUUUCUUACGGUGGUGGUGAUGCUUACUCUAUUGGGGCUAUCACUGUUAUGAAAGCUUACUAUAAACAGAGUCUUAGCUUCAUCUGUGGUCUCUUCAUCGUCUUGACCACUCAGAUUUUGGGUUAUGGUUGGGCUGGAAUUCUGAGGAGGUAUUUGGUUGAUCCUGUUGACAUGUGGUGGCCUUCCAAUCUUGCUCAAGUUUCUCUCUUCAGAGCGUUGCAUGAGAAGGAAAACAAGUCUAAAGGCUUGACGAGGAUGCAGUUCUUUCUAGUGGCUCUUGGUGCUAGCUUUCUUUACUAUGCACUUCCAGGCUAUCUAUUCCCAAUCUUGACCUUCUUCUCAUGGGUGUGUUGGGCUUGGCCAAACAGCAUCACGGCUCAGCAAGUUGGUUCAGGUUACCAUGGCCUUGGGGUUGGAGCCUUCACUCUUGACUGGGCUGGUAUCUCUGCUUACCAUGGUAGUCCUUUGGUGGCUCCUUGGUCCUCUAUCCUCAACGUUGGUGUUGGUUUCAUCAUGUUUAUAUACAUCAUCGUUCCUGUUUGUUACUGGAAGUUCAACACUUUCGAUGCCAGAAAGUUCCCCAUUUUCUCCAAUCAGCUCUUCACUACCAGCGGCCAGAAGUAUGACACAACCAAGAUCUUGACACCGCAGUUUGAUCUGGAUAUUGGUGCCUACAACAGCUACGGAAAGCUUUACCUCAGCCCUCUUUUCGCACUCUCCAUCGGAUCCGGAUUUGCGAGAUUCACUGCAACACUAACUCAUGUGGCAUUGUUCAACGGCAGGGACAUAUGGAGGCAGACUUGGUCUGCAGUGAACACCACGAAGCUGGACAUUCAUGGGAAAUUGAUGCAAAGCUACAAAAAAGUGCCUGAGUGGUGGUUUUAUGUGUUGCUGGCAGGAAGCGUAGCCAUGUCUCUUCUCAUGUCUUUUGUGUGGAAAGAGUCAGUGCAGCUUCCAUGGUGGGGAAUGCUCUUUGCUUUUGCAUUGGCCUUUAUUGUCACACUCCCUAUCGGUGUCAUUCAAGCAACUACAAAUCAGCAACCGGGGUAUGAUAUAAUAGGGCAGUUCAUUAUCGGUUAUAUCCUGCCUGGAAAACCCAUUGCAAACCUGAUUUUCAAGAUUUACGGGCGGAUCAGCACCGUCCACGCUCUCUCAUUCUUGGCAGACCUUAAGCUUGGCCAUUACAUGAAAAUCCCACCGCGCUGCAUGUACACGGCUCAGCUGGUGGGCACUGUGGUAGCUGGUGUGGUGAAUCUGGGAGUGGCCUGGUGGAUGCUGGAGAGCAUUCAAGACAUAUGCGACAUCGAAGGAGACCACCCUAAUAGCCCCUGGACUUGCCCCAAGUACAGAGUGACGUUCGAUGCUUCAGUUAUUUGGGGGUUGAUAGGACCAAGACGACUGUUUGGACCAGGAGGCAUGUACCGUAACCUUGUUUGGCUCUUCCUCAUCGGAGCUGUCCUGCCUGUUCCCGUGUGGGCGCUGAGCAAGAUCUUCCCAAACAAGAAGUGGAUCCCUCUCAUCAACAUUCCAGUUAUCUCCUAUGGCUUUGCAGGGAUGCCUCCAGCCACUCCAACCAACAUUGCUAGCUGGCUGGUCACAGGAACCAUCUUCAACUACUUUGUGUUCAAUUACCACAAGAGAUGGUGGCAGAAGUACAAUUACGUACUCUCUGCAGCGCUCGAUGCAGGGACCGCGUUCAUGGGGGUGCUCUUGUUCUUCGCCCUUCAGAAUGCCGGACACGACCUCAAAUGGUGGGGCACAGAAGUAGACCACUGCCCUCUUGCCUCCUGUCCCACGGCUCCUGGAAUCAAAGCCAAAGGCUGUCCCGUUUUCUAAAUUCAGCAACUUGAUUAGAUUCAAACAUAUAAAAUCACAUGUUUUGCCCUUUUCUAUUGCUUCUUUCUGUACAGCCUUCUACUGUUAGAUAGUGGCCAUCAGAAUGCAAUAAACUUUAUUUUAGAUU